GAACCCUGUACCUACCAGCCUGUAGUCCGGUGGCUUAACCACUGCGCCACCGAGACCGGUUGGAAUUACCAUUACAUAGCAACACGACGUCAAAGAUCACACCUUUAUGACGUCAUAACAAUUGCGGUUACCUUUACGAAGUAACGUGUCGCUUUCUGGACUGUGUUCCGUGGUUUACUGGAAUACUAACAUCAGUCUUCUUUAUGUUUUCACCGUUUUGAUGUUCAAGUUUAUAAUGGUACGAUGACUUGGACGACAUAGAGUUUGAAGUGGACGAGUCCACUGAGUCACGUGGUAACACCCCCAGCAUGAAUACCAGUCUACGAGCGCAGGCGAGAAGAGACAGGAACGCUGCGAUUGGUCAACGAGGCACAACCCAAUCCAACAGCGGAAACUCAUUGGACACUUUGAAUUCUAAGAGAGAACGCUCUCCGUCACCUUAUGGCCGAAGAUCACCGAGAAUCGCCGACACACCGGUCGAAGAUAUCAUAGUUGACAUCCUGCCAUCCGAACACGUGGAUCCUAAGGAGAAACUGGAGAAAGCUUUGAAGGACGCUCUAGAGCAGUACUCCAGACAGAGACUGAGGGCAGUGCACAUGAGCCUACGUCGCUAUGGCAACGUGGAAGCCAGGAUAUCCCAGAAGGACCUGCUGCAAGCGCUCCAGGAAAACGAAGUAAACCUGUCUAAUCGACUUUUUCAAAUGAUCUUGGAGAUUUUUGAAGAUCACGUUGGCGUGGAUUAUGAAGACAUGUAUAAAUGUCUGACGGCAGCUCACGACAAAACAAACCGUGACAGCGUGAAAGCACGACGUCUUCGUAACGACCUGUCCGCCCACGCCGACGUCUCUCUGGAGAAACAGGACGCAGAGUUCCUCCGACGAAUAGAGGAGAUGCUUAUCAAGAACAAGGUCUUCUUCGACAUAGACGCGCUGAGGAAAGACUUCCAGUCGUGGGAUUCCACCAGGACAGGGAAGAUAGCUAAAGAAAGUAUUUUGAUGGUAUGCAAUGACCGGACACCACUCUAUGGCGCCUUGCUGAAGAACCUGGUCAAGCGGUGUGAUGUGGAGAAAAACGGUCAAGUGAGCUGGCCAGAAUUUAUUAAUUUUCUGGACAAAGGACAGCAGCGAGCCUGGCUGAAGUUUCCGGAACUGUCGAAACUUCCCGAAAAGGCGAAACAAGAAUCGAAGUUCACCAUGAACCAGAACCCGAUCGAGGAGCUGUCUACGAACGCCAGGUCCCGAGUGGUGUCGAAGCUUCUACGAAGGAGGGAAAAGUCGACUCUCUCCAACUCUGAUAAAAUUACAAGUAAAGAGAAGUCAGACUUGAAAAAAGAAAAAGCCAAUGUGUCUGCAGAAAAUUCGUCGAAGGAGAAUGCAGAAGGCGACAGUUCUGCGAAAACAAGUAUGAAGCGAUUUGGCAGGCUUGUUUCGUCAUCAACAGGUUUUCUGAACCAUGUCAAGUCGAUGGUGGCAGGUAAAAAGAAACUAGUCGAGACAGAACAGGUUCCAAUUAUCGAGGUUGAAAAUCCCAGUGAAGCUAGUGGCGAUAGUGAGGUCAAGGUCGACACAGACAAACCGAAAGUAAAUGUCAGCCCCGCAGCGAAUGGUGUGUCCGGUUCCGGUGACGUCUCUACCGGAUCGUCUGCUGAGACAACAAGCGGGAAGGAGAAGAAGAAACCGGCGGAAGUUAAUAAAUCUAGUUCUGAAAAUAAACGAAACGACAAAGAUAAAUCAAAAGAAUCCAAAAAUGCGUCAUCAGAAAAUACGUCAAAGAGCAAUGACAAGAAAGAGGAACUUAAAGAGACGAAGUCAACAACGGAGAAAAAACAGGAAAAGACAAAUAACAAAGUGAAAGAAGAAAAACCGGAAGUUGAAUCGGAUCCAGAACCAGAGCUGACGAGUCCGAAUGACGUCAUCGUGAAUAUUCAUGAGAAGAAUGUCCGAGUCUUCCGCCCGAGUUCAUACAAAGAUAACAACUUGCCGAUCGAUCCACCGCGAGAGAGGCUACAACUUGAUUGGAUAUACGGCUAUCGAGGCCACGACUGUCGGAUGAACAUCCACGUCCUGGCCAAUCAGGAGAUCGCUUACUUCCUGGCCAACACCGUCAUCCUGUACAACCUGGAGGCUCACACACAGCGGCACUACAGGGAACACACGGAGGACAUCAAAUGUAUGGCUGUUCAUACAAAUGGAAAUAUCAUCGCCACAGGACAGUGUGCAAGCAAAAGUUCAUUGCAGCAAAAUACCGCCAACGUGAGGAUAUGGCGAGCCGACACACUACAGACGAUGUACACCCUGGGAUCUGGCAUGUUUACGAAAGCUGUGAUGUCAGUAGCCUUCCCCAAAGACACUGACUUGGUGGCUGCGGUUGAUCUAAGUCAGGACAAACAGCUGACUGUCUGGGAUGUGACUGACGGAAAACUUGUCGCAAAUACUUUCAUAAACAUAGACGUAGUGUGUGCUAUCGGCUUCAACCCGGCGGACCCGAACCUGCUGGUGACGGUGGGGAAGGAACACAUCGGGUGGUGGAAAGUUUACGCUGAAACUCACACCAUCCAAAAGUUCGCGAAUCCUGAUUACGAGAACUAUUUACGAGCUCGGUUUGUCAUUUGCCUGACCCACAACGAGAAGGGGGAUCUAAUCACUGGAGACUCGAACGGAACUAUUUACAUCUGGGGAGGGGGCGGCCACAAGAUCACCAACUUUGUUAAACAUAGCCAUGAGUGUCCAAUCUUCACGGUUCUGUAUUACCGCCAUCACGUGUUAUCUGGAGGUCGUGACGGGACUCUACAGUGCUGGCAGUGGAACAAGAACAUGGAUAACGCAGGAUCGAUGGAGCUUCCGAAAUCCGAGGGCGGAGUGCGCAUGCUCCACGUUUAUAAGGAAUCUCUGCUGAUUGGAACAACCAUGAACUCCAUUUUGUCGGUGACUCUCGCGGAGAAAGGGUCGCCGCUAGAGGACGUUGAACUUCACCCACAGCCCAUUACACAGGGACAUUUCGAUGAUGUUCGAGGUCUUCAGAAAAUACCCAAGUCGUUUAUUGGAGCUGAUUUCCUCACAGCCGGUGUGGAUGGAGUCAUCAGUAAAUUUAGCACAGAGAACCACCAGCCAGUGUGGAAGAUCGUCAUGAAGGACACUACGUUCUUGUGUGUUGACUGCAGUACAGAAGGAAAACUUCUCGCUUUUGGUACACAUGACGGACAUUUAAUUCUGUUGGAACUGAAUCCAGAUGACUUGAGUGUGACGGAAGCGUUUAAUAUGAAGUUAACUAAAGAACGUCUAGACACCGUCAAACUGUCACCAGAUUGUCUGUCGGUGGCUAUCGGCGGACACGACAAGGCUAUUUAUAUUUUCUCGCUGGUGGAACGAGAGGACGUUGGGAAAGUCUGGGAGAUGCAAGGGAAGUGCAAGGGUCAUCGUGGAGCUGUGACUGCCAUGGACUGGUCCGCAGAAAGACUCAAUGGAGAUUACUAUAUCAGGUCAAGUUCCUCAUCAUGUGACCAGAGAUUCUGGAAUGUUGCCAAGUUAGAAGCAGUCCAAGGGUCUGUGUGUGAAAAUAUACAGUGGGCGUCGGAUCGGUGUAUCAUAGAUCACAAACUGACAGGAUUGUGGGGCUCAAAACAGGGGAAAGAGGGAAUGAUCCAUUCCGUGGACAUCAACCCACCCAAGACGGUGGUUGCCAUUGGAGACAGUAAUGGACAUCUCAGUCUGUUUAGAUAUCCUUGUUCAAAAUCUGGAGUGUUUAGUCAUACAUACCGCUGCCACCAUGGUGUACACAACACGUGCUUCAGUCCUUCCGGGAACUACGUUCUGUCUGUGGGAGGAAAAGACUCGUGUGUCAUGCAGUGGAAAGUUGUAUAGCUUGUAUACAGUUAUAGUUGGGAGUGUUGCAUAACGUAUGGGGUUUUUUAGGCCAUGAGAAACUUAGGGCACAAGUUAUGCAAAAAGGAAAUGGGUUACUUGAAUUUAUGUAUGUGUAACUCGUAAUUCUUAGAGGCAUGUAGUACAUGACACUGUAAUGGAGGAAAGAAACGUUUGUUAGACUACACCUCACUACAUUUUAAACUAUGGCUACUACCUGCCAAACAGAGAGAGAGAGAGAGAGAGAGAGAGAGAGAGAGAGAGAGAGAGAGGCAGAGAGGCAGAGAGAGAGGCAGGCAGGGAGAGAGAGACAGACAGACA